ACGAAUAGAAAGGAUAAUCAAGAUAAAUGAUCGAAAAGUUAAGUUCAGCAAAUACUUAUCAGUUUAUGUGGUUGUUGAGAAUGAACCCAUAAUUAUAUCUGAUAACUUCUGGAUUUGUAUUAUAUAUACGGAUAUAUUCAGCUACCCACGUGUGUAAAUAUUCGCAAGCUUUCAUCAUUCAGUAUCUUAUCAAAAUGAUGAUUAGGUCAAACAAAUGAAUCCAGUUAUGCCAUUCAAACACAGCACUGAGAUAGAUUCCCAGGGUGACAGUAUAUAAAUAGGAUUGAUGUUUACUGAAGUUGAGCAACUCAAGAAGCGUCAAAACCAUUUGAGCAGAAAUCCUAGAGUUAAAAACUCAACUACCGAAAGUAGUCAAAAUGAGGCUUGUUACCUUGGGAGUUACUAUAAUUUGGUGUCUUAAUGUUCUUCUAGUCCUCGUUGUCGGGGAUGUUGGUACAGCUACAUCAUACGAUCCGCCGUACCUGCCGACAAAAUGUAACGGGUACAGUCAACAACAGUUUCCUGAGGGAGGUUUGUUUGCUGCUGCGAGCAAUGGCUUAUGGGACAACGGAGCAGCAUGUGGCAGGAGGUAUCGCAUAAGGUGCAUAAGUGGCCCGAACAGACCGUGCAAGGAUGGAACCAUAGUCGUACAAAUUGUUGAUGCAUGUAGAUCAAAAUCAUGCCCAUCAACUCUUGUCCUUUCAAACAAAGCCUUUGAUGCAAUCUCAAGAAACUCUGACACCAAAAUUAACAUGGAAUAUGCUCAGAUAUAACUGGUGCAGGCUCCUUCGCUUAUGUUACUAGCCACAUGAUGCAUGCAGUUCCUCGCUCGCCCAACUUCAAUUCCUUUACUAAUUAGAAGAUAUGAAUUGUUUUAUCUCUGCUCGUAUAAGGGGAGCAGAUUUUAUAUGGAUAUUUCCCAAGUCAAUAUAAUUUUGUAAUAUGUAUACAUACAAGCAACAAGAGACUAAUAUAAUCUAGAUGUUAAAACUUUAA